ACAGAGCUCAGUUUUCUGGCAUAGGAUUGUACUCUUCAGGUUUCAUUUCUUCUCCUUUAAACCCUCCCUUUGCCAAAUUUGAGGAGUACGUGGGUGUGCCCCUGACCCGGAAAGAGAACCCUUUCCCUUUAACUUUUUGUUUUGUUUUUGUUUUCGAGACCGGGUUUUCCCUUGUAACCCUGGCUGUCCUUUAACUCACUCUGUUCCAGGCUAACCUUAAACUCACAGCUCCACCUUCCUCUGCUUCCUGAGUGCUUGAAUUAAAGGCGUGCACCAUUAUCACCCGGUAGACCCUUUUACUUUAAAACCCUAGGCUGGCCCAGAUUUCCCACAGACAGUAACUGCGUCUCCGGAUUCCACCUGCCUUGUCUUCCGGUUCUGGUGGCGCGCAGUAGCGUUUAAAUUUCGCGCGCUUAAUAAGGAUUGGCCACUUCCACGGGUGAUUAACUUGUCGUUUGCGGCCACUCCGCCUUGCUUGCUUCCCCGGGUAAAAGGUUUUCAAAUUGGACCAAUCGCUGGGCGAGCUCUCUUCGCCUAGGCGCGUCACCGAAGGGUUAAUUACAACCAACCAGAGGCCGGUGCUAAGGAAAAGAGCCAAUCAGGCGGGGGCAGGGGCGUGUCCAUGGAGCGUAUAAGGGCGCGCUCGCCCGCGCGCGGCGACAGUUGACUGCGGCGGUUGGCGGUUAUCCUUCGUCGGCGUUGCUCCCUGCCAUUCUACCUCGUACACGAUGUCCGGCCGCGGCAAAACCGGAGGCAAGGCCCGCGCCAAGGCCAAGUCGCGCUCCUCGCGCGCCGGCCUGCAGUUCCCGGUAGGCCGCGUGCACCGGCUGCUGCGGAAAGGCCACUACGCCGAGCGCGUGGGCGCCGGCGCCCCGGUGUACCUGGCGGCGGUGCUCGAGUACCUGACCGCUGAGAUCCUGGAGCUGGCGGGCAACGCGGCGCGGGACAACAAGAAGACGCGCAUCAUCCCGCGCCACCUGCAGCUGGCCAUCCGCAACGACGAGGAGCUCAACAAGCUUCUGGGCGGCGUGACGAUCGCGCAGGGCGGCGUCCUGCCCAACAUCCAGGCCGUGCUGCUGCCCAAGAAGACGAGCGCCACCGUGGGGCCCAAGGCGCCGGCGGGCGGCAAGAAGGCCACGCAGGCCUCUCAGGAGUACUGAGGGGAGCCCGCGCCGCGGCCGCCCAGCCCUCCCCACGCCCCCACAAAGGCCCUUUUAAGGGCCACCACCUCCCUCUCGGAAAGAGCUGAGCCGCUUAGGGCUGCGGGCCGGACUGCCGCCCCCAUCCUCCCCUUUCUCCGCCACCGCGCGUCUCUGCCUCCCCUUCCCUGCACGGCCUCCGAGUCAGCCGCGGAGGACGCGGGCGCCGCGGCGCUCAUCCCUCGCGGAGUCUUCGCCGCUCUACGUCUCGACGCGCUGCGCGGGGAGGUCGCGACACCUUCUAGAAGUCUCGGCCGUUUGCUGUGACGUACGACCGACGUGGGCCUGAAGGCCCGUGUGUGGUGUGUCCGGGACAAAAGUCACUGAUACGAGCCGGUUUCCUCCAGGAUGCCUCCUGGAAGGGGUCUGGGAGAAGUUACAGGCCUGUGGACAGAGGAGCUGUGUUCUGCCGCAGGAGACUGGCAGCCGGGCCUAGCCAUCUCCUCUUCUCCCCAGCGACUCAAUUCACAACCCAAACACCUAGAUACCAGCACAAGUCGGUGAAUCCCUGUCUGGACUGAGCCUCUGUUGGUUUCUGAACUGGAAUUUUGCAGCUAACCCAAGUUUAGAACCUUCGGUAGUGGGGAGUUUCAAUGGGCUAAUUUUAUUAAAUGAUUGUUUGGUUUUUUUAAAAA